CGCCUUCUUUUUCUCAUCGCAGGAAUCGAUGUAGGUUGAGCGGAGAGUUGAUUUCCAAGGAAAACCAAAGUUUUGACAGGGACGUGGUCAUGAAAAUGGGGAGUCUGCAGGUUAGUAGCCCUUUUGCAGCCUGUUACUCGGCUGUACGCGCAGUUCCGCCCGGUGCUUCGUUUCUAUGCACGGUCUACUCGGCCAGCCCCGUCUUUUGUGUACUUGUUCGCCGACCUGAGAGCCGCUACCGCGGAGGGUUAGGGUUAGGGAUGCAGCGCCUCUGGGAGGCGGACAUUUCGCGGCUGUGGUCAUCGGGUUGACGGGGGGCUGCUGCCCUGCCAUCUCCGCGGUGCCGUCUGUGUCUCCAGGCACCCCGCACUGUAACAUAUAUAUGAACAUAAAUGACCGCGUCGUUCUUCAUGGCAGACGCUUUAAUACCUGCAUGAAAGCCUCCCGGACUCCAAAGCUGCAGAGAGCAAGGGGCUACCUGGCUUGCUGUCAGCCGCAGAGUGUGCGAUCAGAGCCGUUACCACGCAGUGCCUCAGCGGUCAGGUUCUGCUGAGUUAGCCUCUGUGUGUUUAUGGUCAUGAUCAGGUAAAUUGGCCAUUGUGUCUGGUCAUGGUCAUAGUUCAGCGAGUUAAGUCAAAAUAGUCAGCUAAAUCUAAUCUAUGUGGUGUACAUGUCAAAUUAGCGCUGCUUUAAAACGCUUAAUUUAUUGGGUGCAGUAUUCAGUGUUCCAGCCGUAGGAGGCAGUAUUAAGACACCUGGGCAGAGCAUUGUGAGGUCAAGCUCAGAUUAGCAGAACGAAGGAGGGUUUCACACUUUCAAGCUGAUAAAGUAGAAUUUACACAGCUUCAUAUUUAAUGCUGACACUGACCAUAGCCACACAGAGCCUGAGGCAACUGGAGAGUGGGAUAUGAAGAUGUGGUUUCUCCUGUCCCCAUGUCCCCCUGUCCCCUGCUGUGUCUCCGUAGCUGUGUUUGGGUCCAGAUCUGGCGGGAUCUAUCCAAUCCUCAUUCUGAGUGGGCGUAGUGGCCAUGACGUAAGCAUUUUCAUCCCCUCUGGAGUGACCUGUGGAUGAACGACGGACAGUGUGUAUCAGGAUGCCAGAGAUGACAGAGAAUGCGAGCCGUCCUCACAAACCCCAGAGGAAGAAAAACAAAGAAACGCACAAUGCUGUGGAGAGACAUCGAAAGAAAAAGAUCAACGCUGGAAUUAAUCGCAUUGGCGAGCUCCUUCCCUGCUCCCAAGCCUUGAAACAGAGUAAGAACAUGAUUCUGGACCAGGCCUAUCGCUACAUCACAGAACUGAAGCAGCAGAAUGACACACUUCUACUCAAUGGUGGAGACAAGGUGCAAGCGGAGGAAAUCCGGAGGCUUCGGCGCCAACUGGACGAGCUCCGCAAGGAAAGCGCCCACUACAUGGAGCUGCUGAAGGCCAACGGCAUCAACUUUCUGGACGACCCCACAGUGCACUGGAAGGGCAGGCUGGGCCGCACCCGGCUCGCCAAGGUCACCCCAGCGCACUUGGUCCCCGAGGGCAUAAUCGUCUACUCCAACGGGAAUGUACUGUGCCCCGCAGGGGAGGAUCCGGCUGCCUCCAACCAGAACGCGGGGAAGCGGUCUGGUGACAUCGUAGCCAACCAGCCCGCAUGCAGUGUGGAACCUGCAUCCAGGACCAAAUUCUGCUUACAGGACCCCCCGGCCUCUCCUGCGGCCCAGCUCGUGCCUGUUCCGGGUCUCGUGGCUGUGGAGCAACACGCGAGUGACCCUCACGUCAUCUCCAAGCUGCCCGGCGGAGUGUCCUACAUCGCCGUCCCUGCCGUCUGCCCCUUGUCGGCAACAAGCUUAGCCACAGCCCAGCCCUCAAUCUCCACGGCAACGCAUAGCCCUGCACCCCAGGUCACUCUCCCUCUGGGGCCCCUCGCAGUCCCCUCCCUGCCCUCAGCUCUUGGUUCCACAUCACAGUCUCAGGAGUCAGCCCUGAGGACUCUGGCCUUGGACUCUUCUGCUGCAGUCACCCCAGAACAGGGCCCCCGAUCAUUCAGCACAGUUACCCUCCCCCAGAGCGUUGGGGACAGCCAUGCGCUCAGGAUCGGCAGCACCGGAAGCACGCAAACCACGUGGACAACGCUGCAGCUGGGUCCAAAUAGUGUGCAACCUUUCUGUCAUGCCAUAGUCAGCACCUCCUCUCCCACACAAACAUGCAACAGUACUGCACAGAGCCUGCAGGGGGCGCUCAUGCGUCCGACUAGCUCUGUUACCUCCAUUCAGCCUGUGCUGGCACAAGCCCAGGUCCAGAGUCCCCCUCCUGUACUGGGCCCCCCUCAGGUCACAGUCCAGACCUCUAUGCAGGUCCCACUACCGCCUCCUGUUCACGUCCCACUGCAGAGCACUGCACAGGCUCCACUCCAGGCUACACCCACAGUUCUGCCCCUGCUGCAAACCAUGCAGGUGUUGCAGAUGCGGAGCAACAUAGCACCUCCCGCUCCCCAAACCCCCAGUAACACCAAAGUGGUCAUCCUCCAGCCAACCAAUCCACCUGCGCCACAGGCAGUGAUCAGGGAAGGUUUAGCCAAUCAGUCAUCUUGCCAGCACAUUGUCAUCAUUCAGGCAAAUAAUCAGAAUUCCCUGCAGCAGAACCCCAGCGUGAAUGGGGCCCCGGUCGCAGUUCCUCUAACACAGCAGAUUGUUACGUCCAGCUGUGCGGCUUCCACUACUAAUGUGCACACGGUUGGCGGAAAGCAUCUGGUGCACAUUCUGCCACGACCACUAGCUCCGCCCACAUCUAGCCCAGCACCACCCGUGCAGGCACCCCAGACCAUAACAGUGAAUGGGCAGGUCUUCGCUCUGCAGGCAGUGAAGCCGCCAGCCGGGUCAUCUCUGAAGACUGCCCUGCAGAUUGUCCAGCCUACAACCAGCGAGGACCCAAACACCAACCUGACACUGCACAGCCUGGGGGCACUCGCCAAUCUCAACCAGAGCAUUUCACAUGUGUCCAAUCAGAGCCUGCAAUUCAAUGUGACCCCGCCCUCUUAUCCCCUGACCCCGAUUCCUAUUCCCGUCACCACAGCAGCAGUAAAUCCUGCUUUAGCCACCUCUACCACUUCGAUUACCAGUCCAGUUGGGGGCCCUGUGAAGGUAUUACUGAGGAAACCCGGGCCGGCCAUAGCAGCAAAACCUAAAUCAAGACGCACUGCCUCUAAGAAGGGUGUUUCAACCAAGAAAAUGGCACCUAGACAGAGGGAUGAUUCUCUCCCUCAUCCCAGAAUGGGAGCAGGACAGAAUCUGCCUGCAAUUGAAAAGCAAAUCCAGUCGACAGAGCCUUCAACAUCAACCGCCAUGCCAGAAAGGUGCUCCUCUACCAGAUCUACAGAACCUGCCCUUCAGCAGUCUGAGGAACUUAACAAUGCGCAGUGUGUCACGUCCACAGUAGAUGGAACCUCUGGAUCUGGUGCCAGUUCCAGUGCUAGUAGACCCAUAGUUUCCACUUCAGGUUCUCCAGAGUGUAUCUUUGCCGUUAGCCAUAUGACUUUGACACUGAAUAGCCCUACAGUUACUAGUGAGAGUCCUGCUCAGAGCAAAUCCGUAUCAUCUACUGCAGCUUCAUCAGAAUGUAGUAAAUCUGUGGUCAUCUUCACCAUUAGUGGACCCACAGUCUCUCCGGUGAGUGAACCUGUAGUGUCCGGUGCAACUUUGACAGAAUUCCCACCUGCUGUGAGCUGUGUCAGUUCCUCAGUCAGUAGACCCAUAGAUUCUCCUGUGAGUUCCACAGUGAGUAAACUUCUAGUUACCAGUGAUACUUCCACUGAUGGUAACCACAAAGUGCCCAGUUCUAGCUUUACAGUUACUGGGCUGAGUUUGUUGACGGGCACAUCGGUCAGUCAUCCUCUAGACCUUCAGGACUCUCUGACUAACGAACGGCCAGCACUUACUUCCUCUUCUUUGGCCACCCUCACGAGACCGUGUUCAGUAUUCACUUCCUCACCUGCUCCAAACGUUCUUCCUCCACUCACUGAGUGUGCAAAGCCCACCCCUCCUUCUCAGACUGUGAUUUCCCCAUUGGAACCCACAUUGUUGUCUCUGGCAUCGCCCCAGGGUAAUACUGUCCCUACAGAGCCAAGCAUGAAGAUUGCUGGAAGAGAUAGUGAGCCCAGUGGACACAGGGUAUCUGAUGAGGGAACAGAUAAAGGGGUUCCAGGGGGAGAAGAAGAGCUGUCCAGGAAGGCUUCGGCUCCACCUCAACAUGUGUGUGAAAUGGAGCAGGACACUCUUGGGCAGCCUCUGCUAUCCAGCCGACAGACGGAGUCCCCUGUGUUAGCUGGGCCUGGUGGUGCUCGUGGGUUCUCUGUGGCAUCUAUGCUUCCUCCUUGCCACGGAGUGAGCACACCUGGAGUCUCCUUUGCCACCUUCACCUUCACCUCGGAACAAGCAGAGAUCUUGGCUAUGGCUGCCAGAGCUAUCUUUGAACAAGACAGUCCCGGGAGGAGAUCUGGAAGCUGUGGGAUGGAGAGUCCCACACCUGGCCUUGCAUCAGGUCUCACCUCAGGUCCCACGUCAGACUGGGACCUUGCAAAAGCUCAGCAGACCUCCCACUCCAAGGAGAGGUCAAUAGGAUCCCAGCCCAAGCUGCCAAAAGCAAGCGAAAUUACAGCAGCUAGGCCUCUUUCAGAGGUCUCUGUUGAGUCUCUAGAGGCACCGGCUAGGGAGCUUCUGGCUGCUCCCUACCCACAGUCUUCUCAGGCCCAUUCCCAGUCCUCCCAGUCUCCCAGUGUCGGUAGCCUCAGUGUUAAUAACUUGAUAAGGCCUACUAGUUCCUGUCAGCCCUACCCCUGUUCUCCCAGCUUACCCCAACAGGUAUCAGCGCCGUCACCCGUGGUCCCCUCUAUGACCCAGCCCCCUGUUCUCCUCCCACCCUGCUCUGCCUCGGGACAAUUAUCUGAGUUGACUCCCUCGAAGACAGCCCUCAUGAGGGCAGCGGGUGCCGAACGCCGCAUGAAGGACUUGCCCAAACGCACCGCCCAGGAUGACAUGAUGGUAUCGGGCAGCAAGAGGCCAAAGCCCUGCUCUGCCAAUGCCGUCACUCGGAUAGACAUGAAGGCUGUGUCUUCAGAUCAUGUGCAGAUGAUGCCUGGGCACCUUCCUGCUAGCUUAGGAAGCUCCUCUGCUCCCGGCAACCGAGCUCACCCCACAGAUGGGAUCAGCCCAUUGUUCCCUGGGAACAGCUUCAUGAACACGGUCCUAAGGCAAACUGAUAGCCAAUGCAGUUCCCAGGUGCUCCAGCAGGAACAUCUGCAGCCGAGUCGCAGUCAACAUGGCAAUACUGGCCACCACCAACCAGGAAACCCUUACCUGAAGCAACAGGAACAGCAGCAGCUUCAAGGCCAAAGGCAACAUCUGUACCAGCUGCAGCACCAUUUGAUCCAACCUGACCCCACACAGCUUCAUAGCCUCCACCAGAGGGUACUGCAGCAAGAUCAGCACAUACAAAAAAAGCGGGGAAUGGUUCGAGGAAGUCAACAAGCACCAAUCAUUAGCCUUACGCAGAAGCAGCAUCAUGUGGAGAAGAAUGGAGUGCAGCAUCAGCAACAACAGCAGCAACCACAGCAGCAACCACAGCAACAGCACCAUCAGCAGCAGCAACCACAGCAACAGCACCAUCAGCAGCAGCAACCACAGCAACAGCACCAUCAGCAACAGCAGCAGCAACCACAGCAACAGCACCAUCAGCAACAACAGCAGCAACCACAGCAGCAGCAUCAUCAGCAGCAACAGCAGCAGCAACCGCAGCAGCAGCAGCACCAUCAGCAACAGCAGCAACCGCAGCAGCAGCAGCACCAUCAGCAACAACAGCAGCAACCACAGCAGCACCAUCAGCAACAGCAGCAACCGCAACAGCACCAUCAGCAAUCACAGCAACAGCAUCAUCAGCAGCAGCAGCAAACACAGCAACAACAACAGCAUCAUCAGCAACAGCAACCACAGCAACAGCAUCAUCAGCAGCAACAGCAGCAACCACAGCAACAGCAUCAUCAGCAGCAACCACAACAACAGCAUCAUCAACAACAACCACAGCAACAACAUCAUCAGCAACAGCAGCAGCUACCACAGCAACAACCGCAUCAUCAACAACAGCAACCACAGCCACAGGCUUCCCACUCGAUGCACCAACACAUCCAACAACAUCUCCAGCAGCAGCAGCACUUUGGUGGCCGCCAUCAAGAGAAGAGCCUCCUGCACCCUCAGCAACAGCCACGGCAGGACCAGCAGGUCACUCAGAGCCACAAUGUCAUGCAAAGGCUGAUCAGCUCCAGGUCUCUGGAACAGCAGUUGACCCCACAAGCUGGCAGCACUGUGUCACGUUCAUCUGAUAUGACCUGUGCCCCGUCGCGGCAGGAGCGCCAUCGCAUCUCCAGCUACUCUGCAGAGGCUCUCAUUGGGAAGUCUUCAUCCAGUGGUGAGCAGCGUCUGGGGCUCCCCCUGCAGGCCCCUCGCUCCGCCCAGGACCAGCCGGACAUGCGCCCCUACCUGGAUGUGUCACGAGGGAAAGGGACCCACAACCCACAGGGGCGGCUCCCACCAGAGCACCCGGGGCCCGGGGACCUGCAGCGCGUCUCUGAAUGCGCCCCCUUUAAAGCUCUGAGCGGUGGGCAGCACACGCUGGCCGGCUUUGAAGCACAGGCUUCUAAGGCUGGCCCAACGGCACACCGGGCUGUGCAAACACAAGGCUUCAGGAUGGGAUCCAGCGUAGCAGGGGACCGGCAGCCUCGGGGGCCAUACCCUGGCCAGCAGGGGGUGCCUGUGGGCACCGGGGUCCAGCGAGACCACGACAGCUGCCAGCAGAGCUUCAUGCAGAGCCUCCUGGUGCCACAGGUAGAGCAGGUGGGCCACCAGAGGGCGCCACAGUGCUGCCCCCCUGUCAGCAUGGACUACGGCUGUGUGUCGGGCACCCCAGGGGGGGACCUGCAGGCUAAGGCUGGCAGCCCCAGCGUGCCCCCCGUACAGAAGCCACCCGCCAUGCGGCUCAGUGACACCAGCAAGGGGCACAUUAAUGCACAGAUCGGAGGCAACAUGCACAGUGGAGGGGUCAGGGCGGGCCUGCACCCCCCCACAUCCCACAGCAGCGCCGAAUCCAGUCUCCCCGCUGCCCCUCCCACGGUGGCCCGGCCGCUGAAUGCAGUCAGCCAGCGUUCCCGCCACCUGGGCCCGGACACCCAGACCGGCAAGCUGCGACCCACAGAGCGGUCUCGAGCCAGCACUCUGCGGCCCGGGAACCCAUUUGAGAGCGAGGGGCACCUGGCCCUGCCCGCAGGGGGCAGCGUCCUGCUGGGCCGGCAGCAGCCGGGGGGUGACGCACGCAGGGGCAGCAUUGUGCGCUUCAUGGCCGACAGUGUGCAGGUGGGGGGAGAUGGCUUGGUGUCCGACCAGCACCUGGCUCAGAAUUUCGGCUUCUCCUUCAUCCCAGACAACGCCCCCGGCAUCAAUACCAACCCCACCUUCAUGCCACCGGUGAGCCAGCCCAGCACAGCCCGCACCCCGGCCAUCCUGCCAGUGGAGCCCCAGGCCCCACUUUCCUCCUUCUACCCCUCAUACUCCCCCGCGGCACACCCCAGCCUACCCAGUGACAUCCAGCUGCAGUACUUCCCCAACCAAAUGUUCAGUAGCCCCAACACAGAGAAGGCCCCCGGGCCACCACUCAACAACCGUUUUGGCUCCAUUCUGUCGCCACCCCGCCCAGUGGGCUUCACACAGGCCAGCUUCCCCCUCCUCACCGACAUGCCCCCCAUGCCCAUCACCAACUCCUCGGCCAUCACCCCACAUCUGUCCAACUUCAACCUGACCUCCCUAUUUCCUGAGAUCGCCACAGCGAUGCCGGCCGAUGGCUCCACUAUGCCCAUGUCCCCACUGCUGUCUCUCACCAACACAUCAUCCUCGGACUCCGGGAAGCAGCCCAACCGCCCCGCCCACAAUAUCAGCCACAUCCUGGGGCAUGAUGGGACCUCUGCCAUCUGAUGAGGCCGGGUCUGUGGGUGGCACAGGGUUAAAAAUCCAGCCGUCUUGUGUUCAGAGUGUUUUUCCUAACCUUUACAUUUUUUUUUUUUUUUUUUGACAAUCCUCAUUCCUGUGGACACUGCUGUCGCCUGGCAUCUGACAACCACCAAGGAGUUGGAAAGACCUCGCAUGACGGUGACACUAGCCAUAGCCAUCUAACAUUUUCUUUAUUAUUUUUUUCCAUUUUUUUUUAGAUCUCAGAGUGGUGGGGUGGGUGGGCUCCCUUUAUACAAAUGUUUACAGUUGUAUCUCCUCAGAGAGGAGGCCUGUGACAUCUUUCAGCAGCUAUAGCACAAACCGUGACUGUUUCUCACUAAAUAACCAAACUGAUAUCAGGGUUGAUUUUAUAGCAAUUUGGAUCUGUGUGAAAAAUGUAAAAUUUCUUAUUUAUAACAACUGUUAGUACAUCAUGUAGAUACCUGUAAAUAUAUAAAGUUGAUUAUUAAAGAUUUUCUAAUUUAAAAGGGACAGUGCUUGUUUUUCAGGUGAAUCUGUUACCUGCGGCAACAUAAAUGUGUUUCUCAGAUCGGCCUGUUUGAUUUCGAAGGGUUCAGUGUGGGUGCCGGCCAUUCCAUCGGUGGCACGGAUUUAAGUUUAAGUAUGUUUUUGCAAUGCAAUCAAAAUUCGUGAACAUCAGGGGUCAUAAGAGAAAAGGUGUGACUUGAAAAUAUCUAAUUUAAUUUCGCAAAUUUGUUAACCGCCCCUGGGAAAAUAUGGCGAUCCGUGGCCUGUGGGAAUACUGGCUGGGGACUGGGGUUAGGAACACCUACCGUCUAUCACUGACAUCUUCGCUGUGUUGUUCUUCACAUGUCCACACGGGGGCAGCACUGCAUUGGGCCUGUAUAUAAAUGUCUCCAAGCUCACUGUAUGCAUCCAGGGUCACCAUGAUCCUUAAGUGUAUAAGUGUUUAUGUUGCACUGCAAAACACGAUUUUGAAAGUGCUGUUCCUUUGCUCUCCUGUUUCGGCAUUUGGCCUGGUGGGGCUUCCAGCCAGUGGUGCAGUGUUUCCAGAACUCGGGACUCUUUAUUGCCAGUAUGUGAACAUACCGGAAUUGGUUGUGGUUCAGUGCAAACACUGAACACAGAGACUGCAGUUAACAGUUGGACAACUGUGCAGUGCAAACAUGACAGGGUGUUAAAUAAAUAAACAAACAUACAGUGCACACAGGCAACAUGGUACACUUGACAGUGAUAGUGGUAUACGUGUGUAAUGUGAAAAGAUGGCAAGUGUGCAGCAUAGUAAGCAGUGAAGAAGAAGUGCAAAUGUGUUCGGCAUAUUGGCUGUAAGGAGUGGUUAUUUCAGUUACUGUUGCUUUUCUGUCGGCUUGAACCAAUCUGGCCAUUCUUCUGUGACCUCAAAUAACAACCAUUCAAAUCCACUGUCAAACCCUGAACCCUCUGAUGGGGGAAUCAGCACCUUACCCACGGCGCCACUCUGCUAUGAUGAGGCUCAAAUUUGACCUCCUUUCUCAUAUACUUUUAUUGUUGUAGUUUUUGUUGAUUGGAAAAGUUUUGCUUUGUGAGAAAUAUAUUUGUGUAGCUCCCGCUCCAAUACUGCUUACACCUGUGCUUUCAUUGGACACUCAGCGCUAAUGCCUAAACAAACCGUUCGUUGAAUAUUUGCCUCAUCUGCUGUGAAAUCAAGCAUGCAGUAAUACCCAAAUACCCCCACUCUGCCCUUCACUCCCAAGGGUGUGAACCAGCAGUAUGGAGGUUGGAUGCUUCACGUUGUCGUUUCACAUUUUUGACUUUAUCCAAAAACAAACUGCUCCUAACGUGUGAGCCCCUGCUGGACCCCCACCAUCCAGUCUGCCCCUUGCCUUGGACCUUGUGGUUCCUAGGAUAGGAG